CAUAACAAACACUAAAAAGCCACAGAAAAAAGUCCUACUCAUCGUCAAAAUUUCUUUUCAAUCAUACUUCAUACAUGUAAAUAUUGGGAAAUAUGGAAUAGAAAUUCAUUGAGCCAAAUGAUAUUACCAAUUAGCGGUUUUCUCAAUUCAAAAAAUCUACCCUAGAUUUGAUGGAAGCCUGACAAACUGUCAAAAAUUUGACGGGAAACCGAAUAAGAAGCCAAAUUACUUGGACCUGUUAGGCGAUUUUCCAUUUUCAAGAAUUGUGUUGCUAGAUUAUUUUAUAUACAUGCCAAUGGCAGAGUUUAGAAUAUGUGUGUCCUUUUUUAUUGGACAACUUCAAGGUCUUCAACAAAUUGCGCACUGGUUUUGUUUUGCAUUUCCCUUCGCGUAACGAUUCACGAAGCCUCUUCUUGUGUCGUCUGCUCCAGAACCCAACACAGCUUACAAAUUAAAAACGUCUCCCGAUUCCAGUAAAUUUUAAAGAUGAUAUGAUUGAUAAUAUAUCAUCAUAUUUAUUCCAUCCAUAUUUCUUGUAGCAAAAAAACACAAAAAAUACUUUUAGAAAAUGGCAGCAAGUCGUUCACUAAAAGCAUUGAGUAAUUUGAUCACCCGGUCUGGAAAUGUUAAACCUACAUCAAUAAGUCUUUCCAACUUAUUGUUUGCGAGACAUCACAGGGUUUUGCUACAGCCUAAUGCCGCUUACCGAGCCGCUGUUUUGCAUGAAAUUGCAAAGCCAUUAGUCGUGGAAGAAAUGGCAGCCAUCACCAAGUUAAAAGACUUGGAGGUUCGGAUAGAAGUAUACACUUGUGGAGUUAAUGCUUCAGAUAUCCUCAUAUGCAAUGGCCAAUAUGGUGUUGAUCAGAAAAUGCCCUUUGUCCCUGGGUUUGAAGUGUGUGGUGAGGUCAAGGAAAUUGGCUCCAAAGUAAAAAACUUUAAUGUUGGAGACCGAGUUAUUGGACUUAAGAAGGACGGUUAUGCUGGCUUUGCAGAGGAGUGUGUUAUACUAGAGCAAGACUUGUGGGGUGUCCCACAGGCCAUGACAUUUGAAGUUGGAGCAUCUUUACUAGAUACCUAUGGAACCGCUCUUUUGGGUCUGCACAGAAGGGCAGAGGUGGAAGCAAAUGACACUGUAUUAGUCACAGCAGCAGCAGGGGGUCUUGGUCUUGCAGCUGUUGAUUUAGCUGCUAAUGUAUACAAAGCCAAGGUUAUUGGAGUGUGUGGAACGGAGGAUAAGGCGUCGUUGGUCCGCGAUAAAGGCGCUUUUGCCUCCCUGAAAUACCAAGCAAAGAAUUUGCGCAGUAAAGUGAUGGAGGUGACUGACAACAAAGGGGUCUCCAUCAUCUUUGAUGCAGUUGGAGGUGACAUCUUUAACGAAUCAUUGAAAUGUGUCGCACACGAAGGCAAAGUCAUAGUGGCGGGGUUCGCAUCACGUCAGAUUCCAAACGUGUCGACAAACUUACUUCUUCCACAGAGUUUCUCACUCAUUGGUGUGUCACUGAGUCAUUAUCGUGAUGCAAACAACGAAGUUUAUCGUCAAGUAGGUAAUGACGUCAUUGAGCUGUACGAAGAGGGAUUGAUAUCGCCUCACGUCUCAGCUGUUUUCCCACUGGAACAAGUUAACGCGGCCAUAGAUUUCUUGGUGCAACGCAAGUCGACGGGUAAAGUUAUCUUAAAGAUCAGAUAAACACACGCCUUUAUAUUUACGUCUCUCUGGUCACUUGUAUGCCAAAACAUUAAUAAAUAUUGGAUUACUUAGAA